AUGGCUUCCACUGGCACCACUCCUGCUACCACCUCGAUCGAAGUCACCGCAACAGUCCCCCAACCCCCUGACGACACGGACGACAACGGUUAUUACUUCGGCAAUUCCGAUGAAGAAGAUGACGUGUAUGAGCGUGCAGAACCUUGGGAAAGGUAUCGCAAAAACAACAACUCUCGCGUAUUCUAUCCCAUCCGCAUUGGCGAAGUGCUCAACCAGAGAUAUCGCGUCGAGCAUAAACUGGGCUAUGGCGGCUUUUCCACGGUGUGGAUGGCGCACGAUCUGCUGAAGAAAACAGACGUGGCCCUCAAAAUAAUGUGCGCUGGCGAUUUCGGCGAGCAUGAGUUUCUCAUGCAGGAGAAAAUCCUUCAGAAUGUUCAAGAUACCUCUCACCUUGUUACAUAUCUGGCAACCUUCUGCCUUUGUGGAGAUGGCUGCAAUCACCGGGUUCUGGUCUUUCCCUUGCGAGGCCCGGCCGUUGAUUUGUAUGCGAGUCGGAAGCCAAUGGCCUCUCGCAUGUCGGCUGCCAGACAACUCUUGAUGGCCUUGGAUAGCCUACACAAGGCUGGGAUCGUGCAUCGUGAUCUGAACUCCAGGAAUUGUAUGUGGGGUAUAAAGCCUCUUGAUCGUCUCAGCAGGGGCGACAAGUACAAGAAAAUUGGCCGGCCGUUGAAGCAAGCCAUAACUCAUAUCCCGGACCUAUGGAAACCAGGAGAGCUAGUUGUGCCCCUCACAGUUCCUGAAGAGCUACGGACAGAAAUGUUCUAUCUUGGCGACUUCGGUCAGGCAACGCAAAUUGGCUCUGAAGCUCCAGUAGGCAGCCCGCCUGUUGCUUAUUGCUCCCCCGAGAGGAUUCACAACAAAGCCCCAACUCCUGCUUGUGAUAUGUGGAGCUACAUGUGCAUCUUUAUGAAGCUCUAUUUUGGUUUUGUUCCCUUCCAUGCUUACUGGGAAGGUGGAGUGAUAACCAGCAUUGUCAGACCUGGAGGCUGA